AUGGCUGAUACAGCAAACGAUAUCUCUGACACCCAACAAACUUCCUCAGAUACAAUCGAGGACAAAAUCAAUCCAAUAUUACUAUCAUUGACUUUUGCUAAUGAUUAUAAUCAAUUUCUAACAGUUGGAGUAUUAUCAUCAUCAUUACAAUCAUUGGUGUUUGGUGAUGAAUAUAAUCAACCGCUAACAGUUGGAGUAUUACCAUCAUCAUUACAAUCAUUGGUGUUUGGUGAUGAAUAUAAUCAACGUCUAUCAGUUGGAGUAUUACCAUCAUCAUUACAAUCAUUGGUGUUUGGUGUUGGAUAUAAUCAACGUCUAUCAGUUGGAGUAUUACCAUCAUCAUUACAAUCAUUGAGGUUUGGUAGUUACUAUAAUCAACCACUAUCAGUUGGAGUAUUACCAACAUCAUUACAAUCAUUGAUGUUUGGUCAUUAUUAUAAUCAACCACUAUCAGUUGGAGUAUUACCAUCAUCAUUACAAUCAUUGGUGUUUGGUGAUGAUUACAAUCAACCACUAUCAGUUGGAGAAUUACCAUCAUCAUUACAAUCAUUGGUGUUUGGUGAUGAAUAUAAUCAACCACUAUCAGUUGGAGUAUUACCAUCAUCAUUACAAUCAUUGGUGUUUGGUUGGAACUAUUACCAACCUCUAUCAGUUGGAGUAUUACCAUCAUCAUUACAAUCAUUGGUGUUUGGUGAUGAUUACAAUCAACCACUAUCAGUUGGAGUAUUACCAUCAUCAUUACAAUCAUUGAAGUUUGGUUUGGAAUAUAAUCAACCACUAUCAGUUGGAGUAUUACCAACAUCAUUACAAUCAUUGGAGUUUGGUUGGAACUAUUACCAACCUCUAUCAGUUGGAGUAUUACCAUCAUCAUUAAAAUCAUUGAGUUUUAGUGGUAAAUAUAAUCAACCACUACCAAUUAGAGUAUUACCACCAUCGUUACAAUCAUUGGGAUUUAGUUGGAGAUAUAAUCAACCUCUAUCAGUUGGAGAAUUACCAUCAUCAUUACAAUCAUUGGUGUUUGGUUGGAACUAUUACCAACCUCUAUCAGUUGGAGAAUUACCAUCAUCAUUACAAUCAUUGGUGUUUGGUUAUAAAUAUAAUCAACCUCUAUCAGUUGGAGUAUUACCAUCAUCAUUACAAUCAUUGAUGUUUGGUCAUGAUUAUAAUCAACCACUAUCAGUUGGAGUAUUACCAUCAUCAUUACAAUCAUUGGUGUUUGGUUACUACUAUAAUCAACAUAUAUCAGUUGGAGUAUUACCAUCAUCAUUACAAUCAUUGGUGUUUGGUGAUGAUUACAAUCAACCACUAUCAGUUGGAGUAUUACCUUCAUCAUUACAAUCAUUGGUGUUUGGUUAUAAAUAUAAUCAACCUAUAUCAGUUGGAGUAUUACCAUCAUCAUUACAAUCAUUGGUGUUUGGUGAUGAUUACAAUCAACCACUAUCAGUUGGAGUAUUACCAUCAUCAUUACAAUCAUUGGUGUUUGGUGAUGAUUAUAAUCAACCUCUAUCAGUUGGAGUAUUACCAACAUCAUUACAAUCAUUGGUGUUUGGUUAUAAAUAUAAUCAACCUCUAUCAGUUGGAGUAUUACCAACAUCACUACAAUCAUUAGAGUUUGGUAGUUCCUAUAAUCAACGCCUAUCAGUUGGAGUAUUACCAACAUCACUACAAUCAUUGUUAUUUGGUCACAUAAAUAUCGAAAUUUCGCCAACAAGAGUUUUAGUUGAUUUCAAACAAACGAUUGCCAACAGAAACUUUAUUAAACUAGGGUCGCUUGGAGUAAUCAAACUGCCAAAUAUCAAAAUUCUUCCAAAAAUAACGUCAUGGUACAAUGGGCAGAACAACAUUCUAACACUCACAACAUUCAACCCAAAUCCCAACUCUAUCAAUUACGACCCCAACUAUUUAAUGGUAUAUCCCAUCAAAUCCACAGAUUAUGUUACAGUCAACAACCACAAAUAUUUCAAAUUACACCCUUUUCCAUACUCUGACAACCAAGUAAUCUUUGUUAUGAGCGAAUCCGGUGUAUUAUUUGUUUACAAAGAAAUAGAUUACUCCUCCAAUCAAUCAAUCUACAACAAAGUACAAUUUGAAAUCACAACGAUGAAAUUAUUCAUCAGUGACUCUAUGUUUGUACAAUACAAAGAUCACCAAGAUGACAGUGAUUUAAAAAAGAUAUAUAUUUUGACACAUUUCUGUGAAGGUGGUGAUUUAGAACAAUUAUUUCAAUCAAUGACUAAAUGGAAUAUCUCUCAAAAACAACAACCUCUUCCAGAAUAUAAAUAUAUUCCAGAAUCAGAAAUAUGGGUCUAUAUUCGACGAUUAUUCCUCAUACUUGAAAAACUAUCACAACACAAUCUUGCACAUCUUGAUAUUAAACCACUCAAUCUUUUCAUUGGAAAUGAUGGUGAAAUCGUUCUUGGUGAUUUUGGUUGUUGUCACACUUACGUUGAUCAUAAUACAUCAGUUUCUAAUGCCAAGAUUGAUAAAGUCACAAAUAAUAAUCAAGAAAAUAAUGACUCCAAUCAAACAACAGCACAAUAUGCUAUUAAGAUAGCCAAAACACUUGCCUCUCGUGGAACAAAAGGAUAUUACUCACCAGAAUCAAAACAAAAGAAAUAUUACCCCUCAAGUGAUAUAUAUUCAGUUGGUUCAACUAUUUUACAUUUACUUUCUUGUCACCCAGAUGAUAUCGGUCAUAGAAUUGAAUUUGUCAACAACCACAAAAAUAACAACUUUGAUACGAACCAUAUUAAAAUAUCAACAGAUAGAUACUCUGAAUAUUUAAUUAAUUUUGUCAAGAAUCUAUUAAUCGAAACACCUGAUGAUCGUCUUUCAUUGGAUGAUUUGGUUGGAGAAAUAGUCAACGAACACACACAAAGAAUCACAUCAUUUUUAAUCGAUCGACGACAAAUUCUAACAAACACAACAACAUUAAUAUUGGAUGGUGAAUUCAACAGUCCCCUCGAAGGAUUACUUCCACCAACACUGUUAAAAUUAAAGUUGUUGGGAAACUUUAAUCAACCAAUCACAUGGGGUGAUAUUCCAGAUAGUGUUGAAACAUUGAUAUUCGGAUCAUCAUUUAAUAGUGACAUUGUAUCAUUUCCAAGGUCAUUAAAACAUUUAGUUUUAGGAAAAUCAUUCAAUCAAUCGUUGGGAUCAUUUUCUAUGCCUACAAUACAUAUAACCACCUCUAAUUGGAACCAUACUCUGUCCAAUGUAUUUGUCAAUUGGAGUGAUCAAGCAUUGAAAAGUAUAAAUGUCUACCACUGCCAAGAUUCCGAACAGACUACCAUCAACUCAUUUAUAAAAAACAAACCUAAUUUCAUCUUAACAAUCGGUGAGCAAUCUUAUGGAAUUGGUGAUAUCAAGAGGAGCGAUAAUAUACUAGAGUGGAAGAAUAAUAACAUCAAAUUAUCAAUCAAUCUAGAAGAUGUCAAAGUGAUAUCAUAUGUUCAAGCAUCAAUCUAUCCACAUUUAUUUUGUCAAAUCGGUAGAACAGAAUUUGAAUCAAUCAACCAACACUUUGUCGAAUGCCAACCCGACUCUGAAUACCCCCUAAAGAAAAUGGAGAAACUAUUUGAAUUGGAUGAAGAUGAUAUUCAUCAAGUGUUUGAACAUAAUCAAUAUCUAAAUAUUAGAUUGAUUUACAACAAAACAUCUGUUGAUUGA